AUGAACAACAGUAGAUUUUCCCACCCGAUUCAUCUCCAUGGACACAGUUUUCACGUGGUAAAAGUUGGCUAUGGUCAGUAUGACUCUCAAGGUGUGCUCGUGAAUGCUUCAUCUGAUUUGGAAUGUGACACACCCUGCACACGGGCACCAAAUUGGCGGGCAAAUACACCACCUGCGGGCAUUCAAGCUACAGACUCGACAGUGCGUAAAGAUACGGUAAUAGUUCCCUCGGGUGGUUAUGUCGUAGUGGAGUUUAUCGCCGAUAACCCCGGGCAUUGGUUCCUGCAUUGUCAUAUUGAAUCACAUCAAUUGGAAGGUAUGGCAGCGGUAAUCAAUGAAGUCGAGACCCGCCAGAAUCCGCCGCCAAACGGAAUGACAAGCUGUAGAAGCUUUACAUGGAGUGUGGAGGAGUUUAAUGUGAAACGCAAGUGGAGAAAAGUCGAACGCAUACGGGUGAAGAAGAGCAGUGCUCGAAGACCAGCUUUGGAAAACCUGUCUUUGCUUAUUGCUUUUCUUAUUGCGCAAAUGGCAUGA